GCCCUCCCUCAGCUGGCCUGAGUCUUGGCAAAGACACGGGUAAAUUCCACACGACACGGAACAGCGAGGCUGAACUGCAUAUGGGGCGGCGGCUCCCCGAGCCCAGAGGCGGGUGGUGGAUCCCGUCGUUGCAAUCCCGGCUUUUCCGUUUCCGGACCCAGGAGCCCAGGACAGCUGCAGAGUCGCACAGAAAGGCCUUCUGGGUGUACUCCGCGAGGCCGGCCUUGGGGACCGAGCGGGUCUCGCCGCCCGGGACUCCCCGACACCACCAACGCGCACCGCCCGUCCCUGAGGAGUCGAGUGCGCACACCUGGCGCGGCCAACCCGGGUCCCGCGGUUAGGAAGCCCCUCGCGAGCCCCAGCCGCGGCGGCACCGGGCGAAGCUCCUCGCGCGCGCCCUUCAGAACUGCUUCACUGGCCCGCAGGGCAAGGAGGCAGCAGGGGCCGCGCCGGCCGCAAGCGCUCGGAAGCCUCAGUCGCCAUCCCGGCUAUUACCUUCGGGACACGCCGGCGCGGUCUCCGGCGACUGGGUGAACGUGAGCGCCGAAGCGCAGGGACUUGGCACUAGCGAGCAGGCUUACGGGGCGUUUCGGGCCAUGCGCAGGCUCGGCCACUGCGCGCCGCCGGGGCACGUCUGCCCCACCCGGGAACCCGAGUUCCUCGGAACCGCCAAGCACAACUGACCAGCGGAGCCUGGGGAACCCUCACCCACUUCCGCCAAGACCAGCCGAUAACCGCUCCUUCCGGCAGCCAGCGAAGCCCGACUGCGGCCCGAACCCCCCAGUGGGCGGGGCCUGAGUGCAGCCUCGCCCCCCGCUUCCGGCUCGCCUCCGGCUGCGCCAGGCACCGCCUGGGCCCUCCCUUCGUGACGUCACUUCCGGGCUGCCCGGGCGGGGCCGGAGCAGGGGCUGCUACCCUAAGCUGUCUUGGCUCAGCCGCGCGCCACGUCCCCUCGCCGGCCGCGGGCGCUUCCCAGCCGGACGAGGGCCGCGGGGCCGCCGCGGGCCUGCCGCGCCCGGAUGCAUCAGUCACUGCAGGGGAGCAUCUGCCUUGGUCCCACAUGUGCCACAAAGCAUGCCACGCCUGGGGUGCCCUGCCAAGCUGCUCUCACCUGCGCAGCCAGACCUCGCCUGGCAAGCACUGCAGUGCCAAGCACACAGCUCCCCGAGGAGGAAGAUGGCCCAGCCUGCGAGCACACUCUGAGCAGCUGCCUCUGAUCCUCCAGCCAAGUGGAAAGGAACGUUGACAGCCUGAGAGCCUUGGGCCCUGCCCUGCCCUGCCCGGACCCCUCCUCCCCCAAGAUGUGGACAGCCCUGGUGCUUGUUUGGCUUUCCUCCUUGUUCUUAUCUGGAAGCCAAGUGGCAUCCGAGGAGCCAGGGUUCUUAGUUCCUAAAAGGAAUGUGUCAGUGAAGAAAAAUGCAUUCGUGGAUACAGGUGACAAGACUCCGGAGGCAGCCACCACAGUGACACGUGCUCCUGUCCUGUUGACACAAGGGACUUUGGCAGCCAACCUCAUUACUCAGGUCUCAGCAGAGAUGGCAAACAGGACAAACAUGAGCACUCCAGCUGCUGUGGGAGGCAUGGCCGACGGCAUGGCCUCCAGAGCUUCCCUGUCACCUGUCCCCACGCCUGCACAGCAGACCCCAUCCACAGCCACUGCCGGGCCUCUGUCUCUUAGCCCACCCUCUCAGGAGGGCCACACAGCAGCACACCACCGGGGGCAGCAACAGCAGCCAUGGAGGCCACGCAGGCCCCGGCUGCUCCUGGGACGGCCACAAGCCGUCCCAGCAGCACACUCCGUCCUGCAGAGCACGCGCCGCCCCGCUCUACAGCAAGCCCUGCACCCCUGGCCCACCACCACCCCAGAGCCCACCACCACCCCAGGGCCCACCACCACCCCAGAGCCCACCACCACCCCAGAGCCCACCACCACCCCAGGGCCCUCCACCACCCCAGGGCCCACCAUCACCCACUCCAACACUCCAGUGUCCUUGAUGGCCAUGACCACCACCCAGGUACGAACCAAGGAGCCAACUGCCAGCACAGUGCCAGUGCCUCACCCCAGCCCAACCCCUGAGGUGGAGGCCACAUCCCCCACGACUGAGCCAAGCCCUUCGUCACACACCCAGGGGGCUGGUGGGCCAGGCACACCCCCGACGCCAGAGCAGGUGAAAACCAAGACCACACCUGGUGCUGCCUCCACGGGGCCCACACCCACGGACUUGUGCCCACUCAGCACCCAAGGCCAGUACCUGGUGGUCACCAGUGAGCCCCUGUCCCCGUCCUUGGUGAACAAGACGUUCCUCCUGGCGGUGCUGGUGCUCGGGGUGACCCUGUUCGUCGCAGUGCUGGUGCUGUUUGCCCUGCAGGCCUACGAGAGCUACAAGAAGAGGGACUACACGCAGGUGGACUACCUGAUCAACGGCAUGUACGCAGACUCGGAGAUGUGACGGCGGCCACCGCCAGCCCUCCCUCCUCAGCCUUCCAUUUGCCUCAGACCAAACCAAGUGCUUCCAGAUCUCUCGGUGCAAUUCAGAGAUACGCCGGAUGCUUAGGCACGUUCAAUCGCAUCAGAUUAACUCCGCCAU